AUGGAGCACAAUACCAACAUUACCACGGAGUCUACCAGUUCAGGGGCUCAGGUCCCAGAGCAGAAGCACUUCUGGUUCCGGUCUGUCGCCUUCCAGGUUGCCGUUGCCUGCUUUGUCUCUUUCACGGCCCCGGGCAUGUGGGACGCCCUUGGUGGCCUCGGAGCUGGUGGUGCAGCAAAGCCGCAGGCCGUCUCUGCUGGCAAUGCCACCAUGUACUCGCUCUUCGCCGUCACCUGCCUGAUUGCCGGCGGCAUCAAUAACCGCAUCGGACUGCGUAAUGCCCUGGUCAUCGGGGCCGCGGGCAUGCCGAUAUACGGUGCUGCGCUGUACACCAACAACGAACGCCCCACGACAUGGUUCCUGAUCUUGGGCAGCGCCCUCUGCGGCAUUUCCAUCGGCUUCUAUUACACGUCUGAAGCCACGCUCAUGAUUGGAUAUCCGCAUCCCCAGGACCGUGGCUUCUACUUGGCUGUUUGGCAGACCGCUAAGGCUUCUGGUCCCAUUCUGGGCGGUGCCAUCAACCUUGCUCUCAACUCUCAGACGAAUGUCGCGGGGUCUGUGAGCCGGGCAACCUACAUUGUCUUUCUCUGCAUCAUGUGUAUGGGACCUUUCGUAGCGUUCCUGCUGAGCCCUACUGAGCGGGUGCGGCGCAAAGACGGCUCUCGUAUCCUUAUUCACAAGGAGCCAACCACCAAAGCCGAGAUGAAGGCCGUGUUCUCGCUCUUGGGGACCAAGCGGAUGGCGCUUUUGGUGCCUGCUUUCUUCGUCAGUUACUUCUACCUGGGAUUUCUUAGCACAUGGCUUACAGUGUACUUUACUGUCCGGGCCCGGGCGUUCUCGUCCUUUGUCACAAAUUGGGCUGGUGUCAUGAGCUCAUACAUGGUCGGUUACCUCUUGGAUCGUCAAGGAAUCAACAUUAGGACCCGGGCGAAGAUCGCAUUCUCAUCCAUUCUUGUGGUCCUCUUGGGUACGUGGACCUGGGUCACCAUCAUGCAAGACAAGUACAACAAAAUGAACGAGCCUCCCGUGUGGGACUGGUUCACGGAUGGAUUCAACAAGGGGUACCCCAUCAUCUGGUUCUGGGUGUUUGGCGGCCAAGCGUACCAGCAGUUCUGCUACUGGGUGGUUGGUCAGCUCUCCAAUGACAUCGCGUCUCUCAACCGCCACUGUGGCAUUCUUAGGGCGUUUGAGGCUAUGGGGCAAGCAAUUGCAUGGGGGAUGCAAUCCACCAACGCCGACCACUUCGUCAGUAUGGGUCUCAAUUUCGGACUCCUACUGUUUUGCAUUUAUCCGACCUGGCUGGUUCUCUCCCAGCUUGAAGAAAACCUGGUGGUCAUGGAGGAUGCGGAGGUUCUUGGGCAACCAACAGCCAAGGACAUAGAAGUACCUGUUCCGCUGAAGGACGCCGAGUGA